AUGCAGCGGGCGCUCAUUCGGCGCGCAAUGGAGCGCGCGCAAGCGACGAUGGAUCACGUGGCGCAGCUAAAGGCGGAAAACGCGGACGAAGGUUCUCUGACAGACGCGGCAGCGAUUGACUGCAUUCACCAGAUAUCCAUGGCACUCGACAAUCUCGCGGACUCAAUGGGCGCCGUCACCGCCGCAAUCAACGGUUCAAAAUCCACUACGGAAAAUCGACGUCCUGACGGCCGUCCAACGUUUCCGGCCGAUCGGACGGUUUCCGUUGACGACCUGCCGUACCUGCUGACGUCAGCUCGAGCCAACAUCGACAGCUGCGUGGAGGGGCUGCAGGAAUUUGCGCCCGAAGCGCUGGAUACGGCGCCGGGAGUGAGACUUCAGGGGGAGGUCACGCUCAUUACAGUCACAGUCACCGCAGCCCACGCGUUCACCCCUUCCGCAAUCGAAGGCUUUUGGGAGGACGACGAGCUUUCCGCCUCCGCAGGCGGAAAUUCUUCCGCCGAUAUUUCCGACGACUACCCCGCCGACUAUUCCGCCGAUGCUUACGAGUACGAUUACGCUUCACCUCCUCGCCGCCGGAUAACGAGGGAAACCGACCAAUCAGGCGGAAGCGACGCGCCAGGGUGGGUAGCCCCGAGUCUUUUCGAGCACCUGAAGAGGAUUCAGGCGGCGCACAUGGGGGGGGAUACCUCGGAGGGCGCGCGGAGGCUUCUCGGCGUGGAUGUUGCGGGUGUAGAUUAUGCUCAUGGCGGGGAAGCGGGCGAUUCUUACGAAGCUGGUAACCAGCUUAGGAGGGCACUUCAGACUUCGGGUUCGGGUUCAGGUUCAGUUUCCAAGAGCGUCGGCAAGAAGAGCCAGGGCGGCCAUCACGGCGGGACGGGCGGGAAGAUCGGCGGGAAGAACGGCGGGAAGAACGGCGGGAAAAACGGGGGGAAAAACGGCGGGAAACCGGGCGUGAAUAUGGGAGGGCUUUUGGAUACCGGGGACUUCAAGGGCGAGUACAGCAGCCUGCUGCCGUCUCAGGUGGAUGCGAUCGUCGCUAAGGACGGCUCCGGCACCCAUAAGACGAUCACGGCUGCAAUUGGUUCCGCACCAAUGAAAGGAACGUUUGUUAUUUUCAUCAAGGCGGGAGUGUACGACGAGCAGAUUAUCUUCGACAACAAGGGAAUUGUCCUAGUUGGAGAAGGAAUUGGCAACACUAUCAUUACUGGCAAGAAGAGUGUGAAUGGCGGAUCAACAACCUACAACUCCGCUACUAUUGGCGCCAACAAGGGCAUGCUAACAGCGCUGGGAAUAACCGUGCGAAACACGGCGGGGCCGGCGGGCGAGCAGGCAGUGGCGCUGCGUUCUAAAGACCUCUCAGCCUUCUUCGAGUGCGAGUUCGACGGCGCCCAAGACACGCUCUACCCUCACAGCGGCCGGCAGUACUUCCGCGACUGCCGCGUCGGCGGCACCGUUGACUUCAUUUUCGGGAAAUCCGCGGCCGUUUUCGAUCGCCCGCAAAUCAGGCUUCAUCCGGACGAUCCGGUUAUUAUCACGGCGCCGCAGAACGAUCCCAAGUAUCCGGAUCCCAAGGGGAUUAUUAUCAGGGAUGCGGUAAUCAGUGCGGACGCGGGUGUGGGGAAAGCAUAUCUGGGACGGCCGUGGGCCAACACGGGGACUUCCAUUUUCAUCAACUGCUUCCUGCCCAAGGAGAUCCAACCUGACGGAUGGCUCACGUGGGACGAGGACACCGUGAAGCUUGCCAAGAAGAACGGCGUGUUUUUCGCGGAAUUCCGGAGCACGGGGCCCGGAGCGCGCAUGCCACGUGUCAGAUGGGCGUCGCCGCAGACGAUCCGCAACCCCCGGCGAUUCACGGCGGAGGCUUUCCUCGGAUGGACGAGCUCCGGCUGGGCCGGGGUGGGUGAAGAAGCUGACGAUGACAACAGCGGGAAGUGA